GAAGGAGUUACAAGAGCUGCAGAAUCUUUACAGACAAAACAUUGAACAUACAACACAGCAGGCUGAGCUGAUAAAGCAGCUUCAGGCUCUCAAUACUGAUACACAAAAAGUACUGAAAGACCAAGAAGAUGCUCACACAGCUGAAACAACAUCAUAUCAAAAACUUUAUAACGAAUUGACUUUAUGUUUUGAAACUGUUAAAACAAGUGAAAUUCAACUGCAGCAAAGCUGUGCCUCUCUUCAGGAUCAGUUGCUUGGAAAAGAUCAAAAGAUUUGUCAGUUACAAGAGGAACUUCAGCAGGCUUAUGAUGCUUUAAAUGCAGUACAUCGGAAUUCUCCAAAUUCUGAAGUACAGACAUUUCAUGCAUCAUGGCUUUCUGUAGCAUAUGGCACUGGAUUCCUGGAGUUUGAUGGGAAAAAACUUUGGGGUAUGGGUCAUCGGCCAGUCGGUUGCCGUAGGUCAAACCUGCUGUUUCCUAGUUCAGAUAUUCUGGUAUUACAACAGCCUUCUUUAAGUGAGCUAGAGUGUCUUAUUACAACGCAAAAAUCCGAAAUCAAGCUUUUACAGGAAAAAUUGAAAAAAGCAAAUCUUCACCUAGCAGAGCAUAAUUUGUAUGCUACGGAUAUUCUGGAAAGCAGCAAUAUAGGAACUGGAAGAAAGCAUGAGCCUAUGGGGAGGACCACCAAGGAGCAGAUGUCCAUAUCACAGCAUGUGGAGGAGCCUGCACCAGGGCAGAUGGAUAUUCUCAUGGAAACUGCAGCAGGUGGAGAGGAAUCCACGCUGGAACAGGUUCUUCUGACCGGAACUGUGGCCCAUGGAGGACUCACUCUGGAGCAGGAGUAUCCUGAAGGACUCCAGCCUGUCAAAAUGUCCCAUGCUGGAGCAGGGAGAAAGUGUGAGGAGGAAAGAGUGGCCGAGAGGAGCUGUUAUGGACUGACUGAACCACCUGUGAAACGUUCAAGGUCUCUGUCCCCAAAGAGCUCUUUUAGAGAGUCAGAGGAGCUAAGGAAGCUUAAAAUAGCUGAAAGGAAGAUUGAAAACUUAGAGAAGACACUACAGCUAAAGACUCGAGAAACUGAUGAGCUAAGAGCAGCCCAUGAAAAACACAAAGAGAGGCUGCAGAUGUUACAGACCAACUACAGAGCACUAAAAGAGCAAUUAAAGCAGUGGGAAGAGGGCGAUAGCAGGAUUGAAAGUAGCAAAAGCAGAUGCCAGCAUGCAGACAUGCUUUGUCAAGAGGAUUCAGAUGCUGUGUGGAAUGAACUGGCUUUUUUCAAAAGGGAACACAAAAAGCUGUUGAUCGAAAAGUGA